GAUGACCCGUGGCGCCGCCUUCAGCCCCUCGUACCGGUUCACGCUGAGCGACGGGACGGUGCUGAGCGCCCACACCAAGUGCAAGCUCUGCUACCCCACCAACCCCGAGGUGCAGCCCUUCAUCAUGGGCGUCCACGUCAUCGACAGGGAUCACGGGAUGCUCUCCCCACCGGACACCCCCGGCUCCGGCCUGUCCCUGCCGCGCUCCGGCCCCGCCCUGACCCCCAACGUCUCUCCGGGGCCGGGAAUGGCGCUGCCUCCUCCUCCUCCUCCUCCUCCUCCUCCUCCCUCCGUCCCCAACUCCAACGGCACCAUGGUGGUGCCCGCCAACUCCGGCCAACCCUCCGCCUACGGAUGUUCUCCCGGGAGCCAGCUGGGAUCCACCUUGAGCCAGAGCCAGGGCGGCACCCACGCCCUGCCCCUCUCCGGCUCGCCCAUGGGCAGCCCCGGCAUCCCCCCCCCGCCGCCGCCGCCGCCGCCGCCGCCGCCCCAAUUCCUGUCCCCGCGCCACCGCCUCAGCCCCGGCCUGGCGCCGCGAUCCCGGGGGCCCGGCGGCAACCCCUUCUCCCCCGCCGUGCCCUCCAUGCACUCGCCCGUGGGCAUGGCCGGUGGCGGGAAUGGUGCUGGGAAUGGUGCUCGCCCGUUCCCCGUUCCGGGGCUGCCGGAAGGGCCGGGAACGCCGGUGGGAUAUCCCGGCACGCCGCCGUUGAGGCAGCUGAGCGGCGGCUCGCAGAGCUCCCCCGGCCGCCUGGCCGGCAAAGCCGACGCCAAGGAGGGCAAGGAGAUCGCCUCCAUCCUCGGCGAGAUGAUCCAGGCGGACGGUGCUGCCGGUGCCGGCGAGGGCAAAGCGCUGGAUUCGGGAAUGCUGCACUCCGAGGGAGACUCCAAAUGCUCGCAGGCCACCAGCCACAAGCUGGUGCAGCUCCUGGCCAGCACGGCGGAGCAGCAGCUGCGGCACCACGCCGCCGACGCCGACACCAGCUGCAAGGAUUCCCUGGUGACGCUGGGAACCGGGAGCGCCGCCGGCACCGGCACCGGCACCGGCACCACCGGCACCUGCCCGUCGUCCCACAGCUCCCUGACGGAGCGGCACAAGAUCCUGCACCGGCUGCUCCAGGAGGGGAGCCCUUCCGACAUCACCACGCUGGCCAUGGAGCACGAGAAGAAGGAGAGCGCUCCUGGCUCCGCUCCAACGGCGGCUCCGGCUCCGACGGCUCCGGCGGCGGCUCCGGAUGCGGACACGCUGAAGAAGAAGGAGGUGAAAGACCACCAGCUGCUGAGGUACCUCCUGGACAAGGACGAGAAGGAGCUGGGGGCGGCGCCGGCGCUGAGCCUGGACGACGUCAAGGUGAAGGUGGAGAAGGGGGAGCCGAUGGAUCCGUGUCACGCGGCGCCGGCGGCGAUUCCCAAGGCUCCGGCGGCGGCGGCCGACGAGGUCAAGAUGGAGACGCAGGGGCAG